AUGGCUGGCGGCAAGGGAAAAUCUGGUGGCAAGUCCUCGGGAGGCAAGACCGGUGUCGAUGGAUCCAAGAAGCAGCAGAGCCACUCUAGCAAGGCUGGUCUUCAGUUCCCCUGCGGUCGUGUCAAGCGUUUCCUCAAGAACAACACCCAGAACAAGAUGCGCGUCGGCGCCAAGGCCGCCGUCUACGUGACCGCCGUUCUCGAGUACCUCACAGCCGAAGUCCUCGAGCUGGCAGGAAACGCCGCCAAGGAUCUCAAGGUCAAGCGCAUCACACCCCGCCACCUGCAACUCGCCAUCCGUGGUGAUGAGGAGCUCGACACCCUGAUCCGCGCGACCAUCGCCUUCGGAGGUGUACUGCCACACAUCAACCGCGCGCUGCUGCUCAAGGUCGAGCAGAAGAAGAAGAACAAGGCCAUCGAGGCCUAG